CCCGCUGUCGAGCUUGUUGACUCGGUGCCCGCUGUCAAGCUUGGUGACUCGGUGCCCACUGUUCUGCCAGAUGACUCGGUACCCCGCUGUCGAGCUUGAUGCCUCGGUGCCUGCUGCUCCGCCUGAUGGCCCGGUGCCUGCUGCUCCACCUGAUGGCCUGGUGCCUGCUGCCUCGCCUGAUGGCUCGGUGCCUGCUGCUCCUCCUGAUGGCCUGGUGCCUGCUGCUCCUCCUGAUGGCCCGGUGCCUGCUGCUCCGCCUGAUGGCCCGGUGCCUGCUGCUCCUCCUGAUGGCCCGGUGCCUGCUGCUCCUCCUUAUGGCCCGGUGCCUGCUGCUCCGCCUGAUGGCCCGGUGCCUGCUGCUCCUCCUGAUGGCCCGGUGCCUGCUGCUCCUCCUGAUGGCCCGGUGCCUGCUGCUCCUCCUGAUGGCCCGGUGCCUGCUGUUCCGCCCGAUGGCCCAGUGCCUGUU